CUUACCUGCACAACAAAGGAAUAUACGUCAAUAUAGAGCAUUCAAAUUAGGUAUAUGAAAAUCCCUGCUAGAUCUUUUGGGACAAAAAUGGUGUGCGGAAAAAUGUAUUUUUCCAUACAGAAUUUUUCGAAAAACAGAGCGACUCGCUGUUGGCAUACAACACAAACCGCGCUCGCGCUCGUUCUUUACAACACUGUGUGGAGAAACAAGCAGGUUUCCCCCCUAAAAUAUUUCGUACACUACUGGGGGAAAAUCGUGUUUUUGUUUCUAACGAUCAGCUGACCGCGACUCCGCGUUUCGUCGUUCUACGACUGAUUAAUUAAUCAGCUGAUUUAUCUCGUUUGUACAUUGGUAUAAUAAAGCGCGGUGACACAAUUUUCGGUUUUUGAAAGUGCGGCGACAAAACUUCAAGUGCCAUAGUCAUUCAAUUCCAACGAAUAAUUCUAGAAUGAACAAAGUAUCUGGAUUAGGUGCAGUUAUGAGGAAGUUCAGCCAGCAAGGGCAAGGGGAAGCAGCAGAUGGAUUGAUUUUUAGACAGCUUUUCGAUCAUAUCAGCAGCACGUACACGUACCUGCUGGGCUGUGCCAGUUCUAAGGAUUGCAUCCUGAUCGAUCCUGUUCUGGAGCAGGUCAAGAGGGAUUUCCAACUUGUCCAGGAUUUGGGAUUGAAUUUGAAAUAUGCAGUGAACACCCACAUGCACGCCGACCACGUGACCGGCACCGGUCACCUGAGACUGUUAUCCGGCUGCCGGACAAUCAUUUCCAAGGCCAGCGGCGCCGACGCCGACAUCCACGUAGAAGAAAACGACUCCAUUGAAUUCGGAAAUCAAAAACUUCAAGUCUUGAGCACUCCUGGACACACCAACGGAUGCGUCACUUAUUAUAAUCCAGAACAGGCAAUGGCAUUUACAGGCGACGCCCUUUUGAUCCGCGGUUGCGGUCGUACCGAUUUCCAAGAGGGCGACCCCAGAACACUGUACCGCAAUGUCCACGAUAAAAUAUUGUCCCUGCCGAAAUAUACUCGGCUAUUUCCGGCGCACGACUACAAAGGGCAAACUUGUACGACGGUGGACGAGGAAAAGCGACUGAAUCCUAGACUUACGAAAACCGAGGAUCAGUUUGUUGAGAUUAUGAACAAUUUGAAUUUGGCUUAUCCGAAACAGAUUGAUCGUGCCCUACCAGCAAAUAAAGCAUGCGGAGUCUACGACAUUCCAGAAGACACACAAAAACAUACAAUUUAAGCUCUCUACUCUAAUGAAAACGUGCAUUGUAUUAAUAUGAUAUAAGCGAAGCAUUUAGAAUUACAUCAAUCAAUAAACAAUGAUGUUAUUUACUUGAGG